AUGCUGAUCAGUUCACAUGCUUUGCAUCACAAUGUGGAAGUCUCAUGCAGCCUCACCCCAGUUUCCACCGAAUAAAAGGAAGAAGGUUCUGCACUGUGGUCAGAGGGAACCUGCUUCCAGCACAUCACUGCAUCCACCUCUCUCCCACCACUGACCAUGUUCCGUUGUUCCUGCAGCAUCAGCUCUGGCCGUGCUGGCAGGAACUUGGGUUCUUCCUCCAUAGCUCUUCCCAGGAACCGAUGUAGUUUCAGCACUGCCUGGUGUCACUGGGUUGGUGGCAUAGGCUACUGCAGCUUGGGUUACUCCAACAGCAGAGGUCUUGGUGCUGUGGCAAGCUCCAGGCCCAGAAUGGCUGUUGGAAGGUGUCCUCCUCUAAGAUAUGGAUGUGGCUUUGGUGCAGCUGGCGUGGGGUUUGGCUACAGAGGCUUUGGCUAUGGGGUUGGUGGAGUCUCCAGACAGUGCACCAUCAUACCCAUUGCCAUCAACAAGCAACUGUUCCAACCACUCAGACUGGAACUCGAUCCCAACGUGCAAACGGUGAAGAACCAAGAGAAGGAGCAGAUCAAGACCCUCAACAACCAAUUUGCUUCCUUCAUUGACAAGGUCCGAUUCCUGGAACAGCAGAACAAGGUGCUGGAGACCAAGUGGAGCUUUCUGCAGGGUCAAAAUCACAGCAAGAACACCAUCACACCCAUGUUAGAUGCUUACAUUGGGAGCUUAAAGAAGCAGCUGGAAGCACUGGGGAGCAACAGAGCCCAGUUAGAAACGGACCUGAAAGCAACCCAGCAGCUUUUAGAUACCAACAAGAAAAUGUACAAGGACGAAUGCAGCCAGCGGCCCUGCACCGAGAGCAAGUUUAUUGCCCUGAAGAAGGACGUGGAUGAUGUUUUCUUAAACAAAGCAGAGCUGGAAGCCAAGGUGGGAAGCCUGAAAGAAGAGGCUGAACUCUUGAGGAAGAUCUACAAGGAGGAAACCCACCAGCUGCAGGCCCAGAUCUCUGCUACUUCAGCAGUCAUCAAGGUGAACAGAAGCCAAGAUCUGGACCUGGGUGGCAUCGCUGCAGAUGCGAGGGCUCAGUACGAGGGCAUUGCCCGCAAGAGCCGGGCAGAAGCACAAGCCUGGUAUGAAAGUAAGUUCAAGGAGCUGCAAGUUACUGCAGGCAGAAACACUGACAGCCUGCGAGAGACAAAAACCAAGGCAGCUGAGCUGACACGGAAGGUCCAGAGGCUGAAUGGAGAAGUCAAGAGCAUCAAGGACCAGUGCACCAAGCUGGAAGCAGCAAUGGCCAACGCUGAGCAACGUGGGGAAACAUCCAUCAGGAAUGCGAAGCAGAAGCUGUCCGAGCUGGAGGAUGCUCUGCAGCAGACCAAGGCAGACCUGAGCUGGCAGCUCCGCAAGUACCAGGAGCUCAUGAACGUCAAACUGGCCCUGGAUGUUGAGAUUGUCACCUACAGGAAGCUGCUGGAGGGAGAGGAGAGCAGGCUCUGUGCAGAAGGUGCCUUCCCCAUCAGCAGCUCACUGAGCUGCAGCGACAAUGGGAGCAGCAAGAGCACGAGGAGCUGCCACACGAAGGUGAUGCCCAUGACCAAGUCAGCCAGGAGCAACAUGUAAAGAGCUGCAGAUGUGGAAACAAAGCAGCACACAUCCCUUUCUGCCAACACACAGCAACAGCCAGGCCAGAGCCAGGGGACACCCAGCUCCCCAAGACUGCCCAUGCUCCGUUCCAUGGGGAUACCAAAGGCCUUUCGGGUGCUCGAGAGUUUUGCUAUUUCUGCUAAGGAAUUCAGGAGCAGGAAGGGCUAAAAUCCCCCUCAUCACUCCCAUUAUGCAGUUAAACCAAGAUGCCUUUGGUGCAGUUCCUGGUCUUUCCACUCCUACAUUCCAGGAUUAAAAUGAAGUGGGAGAGAGGAUACCUUCAACCUAAAGGCAUUUUCAUUACAGCUUUAUCCAUCCCAGUUGUUUCCACAGAUCCCACCUUGGAUCAACAGUAGCUGACCAAUAGCUUCAUCAGUCAGGCUUUUACAUUACACACACCCUGGCAGGAGCAGAGCUCACCUAAAACAGCCUGGCCUGCAGCUUGUCUGCACACUGCAUUGGUUCCAUUAUUUGCCCCAAAGGAUAGAUUUCAAGGGCUGUUGCUGCUUGAAGGCAGUUUGCUUAUGUACCUGUUUUGAAACUCACCCUCAGCUUUCCUUUUUCUUCUGGGUUCUCAAUGCUUUGGCUUAUCUGUUGCCAUAAAUUCCACCGUAACCAAAGGGUCUGGGGGCUAAACUCUGCUGUCAGGUAAGAAAAGGGCUGAGCAUCGAUGUGCCUGUCCCUAAGAAACAAAGCUCCUCUGUGAUCUUGUACAAGGGAUCCAAACCCAUCCUUAAGUCCACAGAACUAGCAUCUCAUAGUCAUGCAAUACCUAACCCAUUGAACUGCUAGAGAAGGACACAAACCCUAUUGGAAGGAAAAGGGGGAGCAGUGAUUUAUUUCUAAUGACUACAGAUUUUCUCAAUGGCUUUCAUUCUAUCUUUAGUCUUGCAUCUCUAAUAAACUGGCACAGCAACUCAGUUCCCUUCA